CUCUACCUUAAGUAUAUGUGUACUAACUGUUAAAUCGUAACCGUCUCAUCUAUGACUCUAGUCCUAUUGUAUUCUAUACCAGGGUCACUUUAGUGUCGAAAUAGGAAUGUGUCUAGAUUUUUAUUUUAUUUCGCAAAGAAUGACCUAACACUUACAACGAGAAAAGACACGACUUUGAGUAAAUGUGUUAUUGGACGUAUCCUAAAUAUUAGAAUUGUUUUACUAAUAAACUAAGGAAGAUAAUAUAGAUAAAAAGGCGAGAAUUACGAAACCAUAUAUUCAGCGACACCGGUAUUUACUCAGAACGAAGUAAUGCCUGGGUAGAAAAUGUUUCUAAUUACUAACUGUCAAGAGUUAGAUAGCGAGAAAAAUUGAGGAAGCGAUACGUCGCAUAAAGUAGAAGUGAGCAAAGAUGACUGUACUAGAUGGUCAUACUUGAGUCGUUUCAGCGUAGGUAUGAUCAAACUUCUACGCAAAUUUUCUAAGGACUUGCAGACUAAAUGACCGUCCUACCUAAAAGGUCACGAACAAUUGAUAACCCGUACAGAAGCAAUUCUCUAAAAUGGAAUCAUGAGGUCGUCAUGAGGUGAAAUCAAGCUGUGAUAAGGCUAUGGAUGAUUUUAUUUAUAUAGCCGGUCUUGGUUCAAGCUAGAGUAAGCAGUAAAAGUCUAUUGUAAGACUUAAGGAUCUGUGCAGUAAGGAGCUAGCUACCUUUAAACCUUUUAUUGUUUCUUGUACCUUUCUUUAGCAUCUGCCGAGAUUACCGUCUCUUGUUUUUGGUCUUAUAAACAUGAUCUUCUCCACUCUUUCCAAACUCAUACUGUUAGCGGCAGCCAUGCAGGUUCAAGGUCAAGGUCAAGCUCCGUUCGGGAACACUACUAGCACGGCUGUUUCUUCCCCUGCUGUAAUUGAAACUGGAGCGAAUAGCACUAGUCUUCCAUCCAGUGCUCCUAUUGACACGGUCAGCUCUACUCCUGUUCCCACUUCAAACAGCUCUUUGCCCGGCUAUCCUACAACUAGCCUUAACGCAAGUAGUCCUGUUCCUACUAGCCCUGUUGCCAAUAUAAGUAGCACAAGGGGACCAAUUGGCGCUUCGUCAAACAGUUCCCUCCCUGCGUAUCCUGUCACCAGUAGUGCGAACGUAACCAGUACACCUUACUUCCCUACUUCCAACAGCUCUAUUUCAACAGGUGCUCCUUUCCCUACUUCCAACAGCUCUAUUUCAACGGGCGCUCCUUUCCCUACUUCCAACAGCUCUAUUUCAACAGGUGCUCCUUUCCCUACUUCCAACAGCUCUGUUUCAGCUGGCGCUCCUUUCCCCACCGCGAACAGUUCUUCUCCAGUUACUUCUUCUUCUCUGAAUACUUCCGACAGCACUUCUCCCACAGGUAGCGCUAAUGCAACUAGUGUACCUAUUUCAGGCGGCGGAAACAGUACUUUCAGCGCCCUUCCUACCAGUAGUAAGAACUCAACUGGUGCAGUGAUUCCUCCUGGCGUUUCUAGUACACCAUUGAGUUUGAAUUCUAGCAGUUCUUUCGUAUCCAGUAGCUCGGCAACCGGAAAUUCCAGCAGAGGAUCUUCACCUAUGCUCGCUGGUAAUAAUACCAGCGUUCCAUCCGCUGCCACUCAAGCAUUGCCAUUGAAGGGCUUUAUCGCUACCUUUGCUUUACUCGUUGUGUCUAUUGCUUUUAUAAUCUAAAAGUACUAAUCUUAGCAGCCACUAUUUAAUUCCAAUGAGUAUUGCGAAUCAUUUUGAGCAAUAGAAGGCUCAAGUCUAGAGUUUCUUAUUUCGACUUUAUUAUUUUAUAUUUUUUUGUUUCACAAAUCAUUUUUAGUGUACGUACUUUUUUCUUUUUACUUAAUCUUUUUUAUUGAACC